CGGCCGAGGACAGCUGGCUGGGUUGGAGCUCGCUGGUGGGCCGAUCCCGAGCAUCCCGCGGAGGGGCCGCGACGGCCGUUCUUGGUCCUGCCCCCGAGGGGCAGAGCCGGGAGCCGCGCUCACGGCACUUAUGGCAAAGCUAUUAGCUCAGCCGUGUGGCGGAGAGGCCCCGAGGACAGCGCAGACGGGCUCGGCGGAAGUACUGAAACAGGUACAACCAGUGGAUAAGCAAUGUGCACUGCUCUGAGCCCAAAAGCACGUGGGCCUGGCCUCUCUGAUAUGCACCAAUACAGUCAGUGGCUUGCCAGCAGACACGAGGCCAACUUGUUGCCGAUGAAAGAGGAUUUGGCCCUGUGGCUCACAAACUUACUGGGUAGAGAAAUAACAGCAGAAACCUUUAUGGAGAAAUUGGAUAAUGGUGCCUUGCUUUGUCGGUUAGCUGAGACCCUGCAGGAGAAAUUAAAAGAAAACAGCUUUGAGGCAAACAAGCCUGGCAAAACCUUGCCAGUACGGAAGAUUCCGUGCAAAGCCAAUGCACCUUCAGGGUCUUUUUUUGCACGAGACAACACAGCAAAUUUCUUAUCCUGGUGCAGAGAUGUAGGAGUGGAUGAUACCUGCCUGUUUGAAUCAGAAGGUUUGGUUCUUCACAAGCAGCCAAGAGAAGUGUGCCUUUGUUUGCUGGAACUUGGACGGAUUGCAGCAAGGUUUGGGGUGGAACCUCCUGGAUUAAUAAAGCUGGAAAAGGAGAUUGAACAAGAGGAAACGCUUUCAGCCCCCCUUCCAUCUCCCUCUCCAUCACCAACAAAGUCUCCCGGGAAAAAGAGCACAGGGAAGCUGUUGGAUGAUGCUGUAAAACACAUUUCUGAAGAUCCACCUUGUAAAUGCCCUAAUAAAUUCUGUGUGGAGCGCCUUUCACAAGGAAGGUACAGAGUUGGAGAGAAGAUUCUCUUUAUUAGGAUGCUGCACAACAAGCAUGUGAUGGUCCGUGUUGGAGGAGGAUGGGAGACUUUUGCAGGUUACUUACUGAAGCACGACCCAUGCCGAAUGCUGCAGAUCUCACGAGCGGAUGGAAAAACCUCUCCAAUCCAGAGCAAGUCUCCAACUCUCAGGGACAUGAAUCCAGACAACUAUCUGGUUGUUUCUGCCCAUUACAAAACCAAGAAGGAGAUUAAGUGAAAUAAGCUUCCCAUGCGAUUGGGACUCUACAUACGUAGGUCCAAAUUAUUUUCACAAGUGUAGUAAAUUUAGUUCAUGCUUUAAAAGGACUUCAGAAAACUUAAGACAGACUGGAAAUGGCAGCCCAUUUUGAAGAUCUCUGAAUUGUAGAACUAUUUAUUUCUAGUACUGUAUCUUUUAUAGCAAAAUACCCCUGCUAGGUUAAUUACUACAGUCCUAUAAGAAAUAGACAUAUAUUUUUAGCCAAAUUAUUAUUCUUACAUGAAUGUAUACACAGAGUUACAUAAAGGAGUGGAUCCUGUUAAUGGAAGAAAAUACGUAAUACAAGAUAUUUGUAUGAAAAUAUUAUGACAUUGAAUCCUUGACUGUUAGGCUAGUUGAAAAAUAUAUCUAUGCAGGUGGAAAGAAGUAUUGGUGGGAACUACUUGGUAAUGCCUCUUGAAAUGGGAAUUGACUGUUUUUUAUGGGUUGGAAGAUUUUUUUUUUUUAACCAACAGAGUAUAGACUCGUUGCAUGCCAAACAACUUUCCAAAGUGAUUACUUAAGAAAAAAAGCCCAAGAAGAAAGACCCACUACCCUUGUAUUCUAUAAAGCUAAAGACAAUGCUUAGUGCUAGAUGUGCAUGUAGAUCCUUCCUGUUCCUGACAAAGCUGCCCCAUAUAGAAAGAGGAGGAAGCCAAGAGUUUGCCCCUUCCUCUCCCAGACAAUAGUGCUGGCUAGUACGAGCAGGAUGCACAGCCAAGGAGGUUGGGGGCAGGUUCAAAAGAUGAAUCUGAGCUUUUCCUUCCCCUUAUUUGUAAUUCUGCUGGUCAUGCCAAAUAUAAAAUAUUCAUUACCCUGUCAUUUGAAUGAUUCACAUUCUUGUAAAUCAUUCACACACCUCUAAAAUAGCUAAAGGCGUAUUGGGGCUUAGUUCAUAAUUUUGGCUUCUCUUCUUUGUUUAUAUUUGGUAAUUUAUGUGCCUUAUAACUUCCUACAAAAAAUCAUUUUAUAGGAUUAUUUCAGUGACUUAUAAAUUUGAGCAGAACUUAUUUCAUUACAAAUGAAAUAAACAUUUUAAAAAUACACAUUUUUGGUAUUUGUAAUCUGUACUCCUGUGCUUUGCUGCUACUGACUGGAUGCCUACAGCAUAGAACUUCUCAAUAACCUCAUAAGAAAUGGAACAGAGAAUGGUGCAAGAUAGCACAGAAAAUACCUGGAUUUUAUUGAAAAAUAAAUAUUUUUUCUUUGCAGGAAAGAAAAGGAUUAAGGUGUUCUGGAAGUCACUUUUUAAAGUGUCAGUUGAUAUUCUUCUGUAUUUUUCUAUAUAAGUUGAACUGGAAUGCAUACAAAUGCAUACAAUGUAUACAUAUAAAGAUGUGCUGCUGUGUUCUUUAAAGGCAAAAUUUCUACUUAGAUCAAGACAAGAUCAAGACCUUUCAUGCUAGAUGCCUUACUGAAAUCAGCAUGUUUUACCAUGCUUAGCAGAACCACCCACCUUAUUGCCUACAAACACCUGCUGAACACAAACAGCACACAACUGCUAGCACACUAAGCAGCAGUAUGGAACUCCAAGCAUGUCUUUAGAAAGAACCUUUAUAGCCUUUAUUUUAAGCAAUAUUCUAGGAAAAGUAAAUAUAAACUCAGUCAGACUUUUGAAAGGCCAUAGGAAGAGCACAUUUUUGUAGAAGCAAGGUAUUUAGCCUUCCUAGGCUAAAUAGGAGUGGGAAACAUAGGCUUUAUGGGAAUGGGAAAGCAAACUUAGUUAAAAAAAGAAAGCAUGGAAGCACAGCUGAGAAAAAAAAAAAAGUUCUUAAUAUAUGCAGAGAGAUUUGUUUGCAAAUUAAGAGAGAAGAAAAACUUGAGAAAGUUUUUAGAUGCCUAUUUUUGGAAUGAUGGUUACUUCCUCAAGUAUAAAUUGUCGUGUUUCCAUCAUCCAAGAUUAAGUUUACAUAACUAUUU